AUGGAGGGGUAUUAUCUUGAUCCAGUGCGGGCUUUAUGUGGGCCAUAAGAACCGUUCUGCGGAUUUAGCAGUUCUUACUUCAAAUUUAGCAUGACGAAGACGAUUGUAUAAUUUGCACAAUACACUUUCUUCUGCAACUUUUGCUUCGGUUAAUUAGGUAUGGGUAGGCUUUUUGUUGAAUCUCUUGAAGGGAACAUCUAUUCUUGCAAGCAUUGCAAAACCCAUUUGGCUAUUCUUGAAGAUAUUGUCUCUAAGGCUUUCCAUUGUAGGCAUGGGAAAGCUUAUCUCUUCCGUGAUGUUGUGAAUGUUACCUUGGGAGAGAAAGAGGAGAGGAUGAUGAUAACUGGAAUGCAUAUAGUGGCUGACAUAUUCUGUGUGCGCUGUGGAUCAAUUGUUGGGUGGAAAUAUGAGUCUGCAUAUGAAAAGAGCCAAAAAUACAAGGAAGGGAAAUUCAUUCUCGAGAGGUUCAAGGUACUGGGUCCUGAUGGGAGCACCUACCAGGGAAUUCCAGAAGCUCAACUUGCAGAAAGUGAUGCUGAUGAAGAAUAAGAGUGGUUUACCCUCUCUUGUUUAGGCUAAAUAAAGUAGUAUAUAUAGGAUUACCCACAAAUAACUGUACAUCCUCUAGAUCUUAUCACUUAGCGGCCAUGGUAUUCAUUUGCUAGUUACAGUCGUGCUUAGAGUCGUUGCAGACCAGUUUUGCAGGAAAACUUAGAAUGGUCCUGUCAUUUUGACAGUUUCGUUUUACAUAUUAGGCUAUUGAUUACAUUAAGCAAAGGCAGUCUAUAUGUCCUACAUAAUUUCCUAUUAAUCAACCAUAUUUAGUAAAUGCACUAAUUAUGUCGGAAUACAAAGAUUAUUAUGAUGAUUUUUGUUGUUGUGAGCCUUCACCCAGUGAUAGUAAUCCUUUUAGAAAUCAGUCUGCCAUUUGACUUUUGUUGUCCUCUAUUCUACUAUACACAGUGAGCUUAUUGUUGUGCUCUAUUCCAUUCUGCCCAUUUGAUGAAAGAGCGAAGCUUGAUUUACUGAGGUUCUCGCUCAAAUUUUAAAGUUGCAAGGGUUUUAGGUACUCCUCUUCCAUCUUUGAAGUGUUUGAGUGGCGCGUAGAGGUGAUAUGUUACUAACUUUACUCUCGAUUCAGCCUUGUUAAACAUCCAGUAAAAGCAAAUCGGAAUGUAAGAUAAAAACAUAUUUAUAUAGAUUACAGAGCAUGCUGUGACUUGCCCAGAUAAACUUCCCGGAGAAAUUUAAAGAAUCGGAAUGUAAAUAACAGAACAGAACUCUCAUAUUUGUAUUUACAUUUACCAGUGUCCCAGAACACCAGCUGUUCUCUGUUUAUGGCACAUGGAUUUCCCCGGUUGUUAUUAUCUGUCGAUCUUACUCAAAGAGGAAGUUAGCAAAGAGUUUUUGCAGACUGCUUAGACCCCAUCGAUCAUUGUUUUCCAAGACGAGAUCAUAUGACUUGGAAUUCCGCUCACCUUCAUCUUCAGCAAAUCGCGGAUUUUCAACCUCAACAUGUUGGUGCUGCUCUUGUUGUUUUUUCCAGGUACAUUGUUUAUGAAACAGAAUGAAUUGCAAAUUGUGGCUUUCUAUCAAAGUCUUGGUGCUCCUGUUCUAUAGGUAAUUUAUUUUUGCGAAAAGAUACAGUGAAAAUGUGAUUCGCUUUUAGCAAGGAGAUAUCUCUUCUGCCGGUUGUAGAGCCGAAUCAAUUUUGUAACAAAAUUAAGCACAGAAACACAAUUACAGAAAUGCUGCGCGGGUUAAGCAUUUACCUCUGGUAGAGUUGUCGGCAGUGGUUCCAGGCCUGGUACCAGAAGAGGCAGUCCUUUCGCUGAUAACGACUCAUCUGUAGUGAGUUUUGAAUCUUCAACAUUCAUCUUGCCGCCAUUAGGUCCGAGCAUAAGCCUACUUAUAUCUUCGUCUGAAAGAGCAACAGGACUUUCCUUUACAUCGGUAACCAGUCCUCUACCAGGUCGAUUCCUCGUCUGAGAUCUUCUGACAAUCAGCACUAUCCCAAUCUUCACAAAUAGUAAGCGUUUUCUCUGUCUCCCAUGUCUGAAGAAUUCGGUCUGGUCCAGGUUGCCAUAUGAUAUUUUCAGGGCCUUCUUUCAGUAUGAUCUUGAACCUGAUACAUUUUUCUAUGGGAACAUCCUGUUUAAAACAGAGAAAGCAUCAUACAAAGUAAGAUUACACGUUUAAUAAGUUCAUACUUCUGUGUAAAUAUUAUUUUUAGUGCUGUACAUUCUUACCAGCUCUGUCGUUGUCCACACGUGUCCAUCUGACCAGUUGAAUGGUACGGCGCCUGACGGAUCCCAUUGUCCGAGGACCGGAUCGUCUCCGACAAUGUGGAACUGCUGGCCAAAUGCACAUUCUCUUUGCAGCUGGAAUCUGACACGAACAGUUUUCGACUGAUCUGUUGGAUUAUGACAUUAUUAUAUUGUUUCCAUGUUAAUGACAUAAAACAUUGUUUAAAAUAACUACAUUAGUACUAUAUAAAACUUACUUGUCAUA